AUGCCAGAACCGGUGGGGCCCGUUGUAUCGACCACCACCAUUGGUAGUGUCGCUGCCACUGCAGCCCAGCUCUCACUCGAUCUAUUCACCGUCGACCAGAACUUCAAGAGUGUUCCUCGAGAGAUUGCUGAAAUAGCCGACGGCAUAUCAUCGCUUUCCGGAACCCUCGUGACACUCGCGGAUCUUAUGGAUGCCCAUCAGGACCUUUGUACACCUGCCCUAUUCCAAAACACCACAGUAGUCCUUGUGCGAUACAACCAGGUAGAAGGUAUCAAAACAGCCUUCACAUUACAAUUGAAUAUUAUUCGUGUUGCAAGAGAAGAAAUCACUCGAUCACAAACAGACCACACUUCAGCAGGCCGAGCUCUUCACAGGCCGAAUCGGUUCCGCACGAUCGUAGAAAGCGACGUUCAAGCCAAUCGGCAAGUUGUAGAGAGUGCGCAGCGUGUCGAUGUUGCGAACAGCACCUGGCAACGUCGAAACCUUCAUAAAGAGGUGGACAUGUGGACAAAAGGUUCUUUCGAUACCGCAACCUGGCUGUACCAUCUGGUAUUCAGCCCACGGAUACCAAUUCCCCCGGUCCUGCCCGUCGUCGCCCGCCAGCUACAAAAUCAAGCAUAUGUUUCCGAUGAAAGCACCGAGCAUGCUGAAGACUUCUCACAGGGACCUUUGGAGCAGAGCGUAGUACCAAAUUCCGGGUCUUCCGUCGCUGUAGAUAAAGCCAUGAUCAUCUGGGGCGGGCAAACAGAGCCUAGCGCGAUCAAAUCAGUCAAAGUUCCAUACGACAUAACGACUGGAGGGAGACGUUCCUCAAAAUCGUCAAUGAAGCUAAAGAGGAGGAAGACGCAGAAAUCUCCGAAAUAUGAAAGGAGGGAAGGACAUGACACUUCUGGAAGUUCAGAGGAUGAAGAUUUCAAGAGCGCGGAUGAACACACUCAGCGACCUAUUAAGAGUUCGAAAAGCAAUGCCGCCAGGGUUUUGUCGGCGACAUCAGACAAUGAGUGGAAUGCGCGAAGGACAGAAAGCAAUUACCAGCGAAACGACCGAUACAGCAAAGGUGAUAAAACGUACGAGCGCCUACGGCGAAAGGUCAAGUUUGAAGAGGACGAGACACCAAUUCAAGAUGCCUGGACACAGUCUCCUUAUUCAGGGCCUGGGGUUGAGAUGUACGCACCUUCUCAAUCACAUAGUGCAGCGUCUCAGCCUUCUCGGGUCUUUACUAUUGGCGGGGCAAGCAACCAGCAUUACACUUCAUACGAUGGGACAUUGGGCAAUGAUUUCCACAGGAGGUCGGCCCCCAUCCAGGUUCCUGGAACCAACGUCUCAGAUCCAUCUUUCUCAUCAUGUAACCCUUUUGCUUCGUCUACUUUCCAUACCGACUCUAGUGCACCGCUCCCUGCACCUGGCCGUCCUGCAACACGGGAAUGGUCAGUCUCGACCCCCAGUCAACAGCCAAUGUGCUGUCCUCCUGAUCUAACUGCUUUGAUUACGCCAUCAAAAGAGGACGCCAUUAUUGCUGCCAUAGAAAAGCUUCUUGAUGUGCGAGGAAAAGAACAGAAAUCUGAAGUCGAGGACCCUCGAUUGUCGAAAAUCAUGCAGUUGCUUGUCGCACAACAAGAGUAUUACGACGAGUCCGAGAAAGCGACAGCGAAGGCAGCUGCUGACUUAGAGCUCAAACAGGCCCAAGCAGCUCGUGAAAUAGUUGACGAAAAGAUACAGAGACUUGAGAGUCUCAUUAUGCGACAGGGCGAAGAGCAGUUGAAGGCUAAGGCGGUGUUGCGUGCUGAGCAGAGCGCCCGGAACGAGAUGGCUGCAAGUCUAGCACACGCAAAAGAGAGGGCAAAAGAAGAAGCAGAAGCACGGGCGAAGGAUGAAUUAAAGACGAUUGAAGAAGACUAUGCACGUCGGGUCGAACGCUACGAGCAGCUUAUAGAAGCCGCAAGCUCUAAAAUAAAAGAACAACACCACCAACCUAUUGGACCAUUCCCGGUUCGUCGCACAUGCGUUGCUGAGGGCAAUCGCAGUGUUGAGGUAGUCGAGUACACGACCGAUAACUUAGAGCCGCUGGCAAAUACGCCACUCUCGCCGUUCGGGUCCACCCAGGAACAUAUACUCGGGCCGAAUUUUGAUCGAAAGCAUAGUGCUGACCGUUUCCGCCAUGAUACCUUUCACGGGUCCGCUGCCACCAUGAGAUCGUCAAGUAGCAUGAGCACUUCAAGUACAACACCGAAUACUCAGCAUAUGAUAUUGUUUUCUUUGAACAGCGAUCAAAAUUCUGCAAGGACAUUAAAAUUACAGGCUUUGCUUGCAGAGUCUGGGGUCGAAGCCGUUUUUGACGGAACAGAGGAGACUAGGCGUGGUAAAUUAACGAGGUAUGACCGUAGAAACGAUGACCUUGUCCGGAGUACGAUCUUUUGGGAACCUCCUGUGUUAGGCCUUGCAAGUGAGCUCUUGUUCACUAUGAGGAAGGCUGGUUGGAAGCCGUGGUACUUUCGUUGCUCUGAUGCUGGCCAAACAUUCUUCCUCGGCAGUCAGCCCAUACAUUCGUAUAUCUUCUGGCCAGACUUCAAGCCGCAGUUUACAGCACUAUCAACAUCGUCGUCUAAUCAAUCUGUCAUCAUCAGCUCAGCGCUGGUAGAUAAACCCGCCAUGGAGCAACUUGGCUUCCAAUUUCGUGUUGAUGAUGCUGGUGCUUAUGUUCUUGAUGGAAGAUUGACAGUAAACGACAUUGAAGAUUUGGUCGAGCGCUCAUUUUCAAUACGCGAAACUUAUCUCAGAAGAUUGCAUCGGCAGCUGCAAUGGGACGGCAGUCCAGACGUUAACACAUCUACCGAUAAAAGCUUUGCGCCUUCUAUGAGAUCGAACACACCCGUGUAUGUGACCCAGCGUUGUACACCAUGCUCCAACACAGAUACAAAGCACCGGCCACCUUCGAUCGAAGUUCCCCAAACGAAUCGACUAGACGUGGAGCGCUUUCUAAUACCUGAUUCCGAAGAAGGCGAUCUUCCGUAUUCGAGAAGGGGUAGCACAUCCACUGAGUCACCUUCUGUCGCAUGCUGGUCGUCGAAGCUCACCAACAACCCAUUCCGCCAGCAUAUGUCUAAAAUGAAAGAGAAUGCCGAUGUGACGUGA